AUGGAGAGGUACUGUAUUGGCAGAAGAGGAUUAAGACUCUCUUCAUAUGCAGUGGAAUAUUGUAUAUGUGCGUCAGUCGCUCAGUCGUGUCCAGCUCUUUGUGACCCCAUGGACUCUCGCCAGGCUUCUCUGUCGAUGGAAUUCUCCAGACCAGAAUACUGGAGAGGGUUGCCAUUCUCUUCUCUGGGGGAUCUUCCCAAUCCAAAGAUCGAACCUGGGUCUCCUGCAUUGCAGGCAGAUUCUUUACCAUAUGAGCCACCAGGAAGCCAUUACUCAGCCAUAAAAAUGAACAAAACUGUUCCUUAUAGAGACCUAGAUGGCCCUAGAGACUGUCAUACAGAGUGA